UUGGGUCUGUAUGUAAUUGCCUUGGGCAAGGUUCACAAUGUAAAAACUCUGACACCCCUUAACUAAAUGUGAGAGUGAAGACCCUGACCGACGUGCACACACACGCACAUCAGCUGACAUAUUUAAUUACCCGUUGAGAGUGAUAAAGACAGACAUCUAAGAAACAGGCACACACACACUCGUUGAGAGAGACACAGAGGCACAACCAAGCACCCGUUAAGAGAGACAGAGACACUCAAACAUUCACAUAGAUCAAGGAAAAUAAGUCAUGGCCACGUCGUCUCCGUACCCAAGCAUGCCGCUUCCGUUCAUCAUGACGGACGACACCGGAAGAUUCUACAUCAACGAGGACACGGCGCAGGUUCUGGGGAGAAUCAAGAAGCCCGUGGUGGUGGUGGCGAUAGCUGGGAAAUACCGAACUGGGAAAUCCUUUCUCAUGAACCGACUCACGAAAGCAGUGAAACCUGUCUUAAAGCCGGACAUGGAUCCCAAGUUUGCGAUGAAGAGGACCGUCGGCUUCAUCAGGGGUGUCAACCUCGAUCGACGCCGCGUCGUACAGCGCCCCGAGCCUGAGAAACACGUGCACCCGUUGCUCGUUGUGGGCUAUACUGUACGUUAUCCACAAGAUGACUCGUUUAUUUGUCUGGCUUCCUCAGGCUUCUCACUGGGUAAAACAGUGCAGUCCCACACCAAGGGCAUCUGGGUCUGGCCAGUCCGUCACCCCCGUGACGAGAGGAAAUGUCUGCUGCUGCUGGACACAGAGGGGCUGGGUGAUGUGGAGAAGGCCAAUGGGGAGCAUGACAUCUGGUUGUUCGUCAUGGCCGUGCUGCUCUCAAACAUCCUGGUCUACAACACCGUGGGGACUCUGGACCACUCCGGCCUGGAGCAGCUACAGUAUGUCAAGGAUGUUGCGCAGUACGUCAAAGCAACAGUAGAAACUCAUAAAGACAACCCAAAGGAUCUGAACAAGUACUUCCCAUCCCUCAUCGUCUGCGUACGCGACUUCACGCUGACGUUGGAGUUGAAUGGAUAUCCUUGCACUGCUGACGACUACAUGGAGCAUUGCUUUAGAAUACGCAAGCCAGAGACACAACGUGGUCAAGAAGAAGCAAACAAGACAUUCAACAAGCAGCGCGACAUAAUGUGCCACUAUUUUAAGAAGCGCAAGUGCUUCACGUUCCCCAUGCCAGUCAACCCAGAAGACUUAAGCAAGCUGGAGACCAUUCCAGAUAAAGAUCUCAAACCUGGCUUCAUCAAGGUUGCGAAUGAAUUCACCUCUCACAUCCACCAGGAGGUCAAGUACAAGAACAUUGAUGGAGUCAUCCUCACGGGACAGCUGUUUCUGCAGGUUGCAGAGAUGUACAUUGCGGCUCAGCGUUCUGGUGACAUGGUCUGCAUCGAGAACACACGGGUACAGGUGGUGCAGCUCGCCAACCUGCAGGUAGUGGAGGAUGCCAAGGAACUCUACCGGAAGGAGGUGGAGAACAUCUUAGUCGACUUUCCACUGAAAACCUGUCAGCUCUACAAGGACCACGAAAAGUGCAUGGAGAAAGCUAUGGAUCUCUUCUACUGUCACGCUGUGCUCGAUUGGGAGCACACGCACGAGAAGGAGUUGAUGAAGCACAUGGAGAAUAUGUGUAAGAGGUUGGUGACACACAACAAGCAGCAAUCGCAGGAAAAGUGCAGAAUACGACUCAAAGAACUGUACUGGCUGGUGGAUGAGCAGUACCAGGACUUCAUGCAGCCUGGAGGCUUCAUGAAAUACCAGGCGAUGAUGAAGAAGAUUGAAGAGGAUUACUUUGAGACCACAGGGCUCGGAGACGAGAUGACGAGUAUGUACAAGGAAUUUCUGGAGCAGAAUAAGGAGAGUGGCAAGGCGAUCCUAAUGGUGGACAAGACGUUGACCAGCGUUCAACAGCAGGAAAUUGAGUACAAGCAGAAUGAAACGAGAAUGAAACUGGAGCUAAAGGCCAUGAAAGAGGCACAAGAAUACCAAGAUGAGAAGAUUUCAUACCUUCAAAAUCAGUACCAGAACGUUUUGAAGAUAUUCAGCAAGAAUAUACAGGUGAUCAAGACACACACGGAUGAAAACAUCGAAGACAUAGAGCAGAACCACAAGAAGAAGAUGGCCUCAAAUAACAAAUGCAUCAUCAGCUAAGCAUGAUUGGUUAAUAGUUGUAGCCAAAAUGCAAUUAUGCUGCAAGUCAAAUGUGCAACAUACCAACACCAUAAUUCGCCAAUAAUCAUUAUCAACCACGAUCAAUCCAUGCUGGUUGAUAUUCCUGACCAGUGUGGUGAAGUAUGGCAAAAUAACCCACGUGACUAAUACAUGAGCACUUUAUCCAGCAGUGAAAUGACAAGAGGCUGAAAAUUAUAACAAAUUAUUACUGGCCAAGACUAGACUUGGUUCGAAGCUUUCGUGACUGCAGGAAUUACUCUUUGUUUUUUUUUCGGUAAAGUCACGUAUAAAUAAGAAAUAAUAAAAUAACAUAAUAGCG